UCUAGCGAGAGGGAAAGGCGGGAACGGAUAAGAUAGCAAAUCUCCCGAGCCGCGAAAACUUCUUCUCCGACGCCGAUCCAUGGCCGCCGCCGCCGCCGCCACCUUCCUCCCCCACACGCCCACCCCGCGCCGCCGCCUCGCCGUCGCUGUCCACUCACCGACCCGCCGCCGUCUCUCCCUCGUGUUCUCCGGCCCUCCCGACGGCGCCCUGUCGGUGGCGGCGGCGGAGGAGAAGGCCGACGCCGGUGAGGAGGCGGCGGCGGCGGUGUCGGCCCCGCGGGGCGGCGGAGGAGGAGGAGGGAAGGAGCGGCGCCGCGUGGUGCGGAAAGCGUGGGAGAAGCUCGUCCGGUGGUCCCGGUCCUGGCGGCGGCGCAACCGGAGCGACGUGGUCGAGACGACGCGCAAGGUGGUGGUGCUCGGAGGGGGCUCGUUCGGGACGGCCAUGGCGGCGCAGGUGGCGGCCAAGAAGGCCGACCUCGAGGUCUCCAUGCUGCUCCGGGACGACCUCGUCUGCCGAUCCAUCAACCACAGCCACAUCAACUGUAAAUAUUUACGAGACCACAGGUUACCAGAAAAUAUCACUGCAACAACUAGUGCUAGUGAUGCUUUAGCAGGAGCAGAUUUCUGCUUCCAUGCUGUCCCAGUUCAGUUCAGUUCAUCAUUUCUCGAGGGUAUUUCAACACAUGUUGAUCCGAAGUUGCCGUUCAUAUCGCUUAGCAAAGGGCUUGAACUUAACACCCUUCGGACAAUGUCUCAAAUCAUCCCUCAAGCGCUGGGGAAUCCCCGCCAACCGUUUAUUGUUCUGUCAGGACCUUCUUUUGCAAUCGAACUGAUGAACAAAUUGCCAACAGCUAUGGUGGUGGCAUCCAAGGACAAAAAGUUGGCAGCUGCUGUUCAGCAGCUGUUGGCCUCACCGAAUUUGAGGAUAAGCACAUCAAAUGAUGUUACAGGUGUAGAAAUUGCUGGCGCACUUAAGAAUGUUCUUGCAAUAGCAGCAGGUAUAGUAGAAGGCAUGCAUCUUGGAAAUAACUGUAUGGCGGCCCUUGUUGCUCAAGGCUGUUCAGAAAUACGCUGGUUAGCAACAAAGAUGGGAGCAAAGCCAACAACCCUUUCUGGUUUAUCUGGCUCAGGUGACAUCAUGCUUACAUGUUUUGUCAAUCUUUCACGAAAUAGAAAUGUGGGACUGCGUCUUGGUUCUGGUGAAAAACUUGACGAAAUCAUGAAUUCUAUGAAUCAGGUUGCUGAAGGUGUAUCAACUGCUGGGGCUGUCAUCGCAUUGGCUCAGAAGUACCAUGUAAAAAUGCCAGUCUUGACAGCAGUUGCACGGAUAAUUGACAAUGAACUAACCCCAAAGAAGGCUGUUAUGGAGUUAAUGAAUCUUCCACAGGUUGAGGAAGUAUAACAGCAAUCUAAUGGAAUGAUUUAACUGACUCUGCCGGCCGCCUGCUGCACUCAAAUUAAACUAAUAAUAUGCUCCAAAAUGGGCUUCUCCGUGUUUGAUUAUCUACAUAUUCAGAAGAUGUUCUCUUCUCUCUCUUAAUCCACUUGAGCUUUCAGAUAUGAAAAUGUUAUUUUUACACGAGAAAACGAAGGCGUGUGUACGCUCGUAUGCACAGAUAGAGAGAGGAUAUAGUUUAUAGCACCAGAAAGAAAUAGGACAAGGUCGUUGUCCGAAAGAAGACCACAGUUUUGUUUCUGAUCUUUUUAGAAUCAUUUGAUCUAUAAAUAUGAUUCUUUCUUAUUUUUCUUCUGUAUCGAAAACAUGCAGUGAAUUUUCUUCAAUUUUACAGGUGCAAUAUCUUAGCGAAAACA